AAAGAGCACCAGCAGCCCAGAAUUUAUGAAGAGCUCCACAGUAACCAGUUUGCACAUGAAAUGGAAGGGGAACAGAUUAUGGCAACUGAUUUCUGUUUCAAUCUUCCAAGUGGUUGCUAUAAACAGUCUGUGGACACCUGCUAUUGGUCAGUAGUGAAGGAACCUUGACUCCAGAUACUGAAAGCUCAUUUCUUUUCUACUUCCUUUUCAGUCAGUUUGAUAUGAGGAUUAAAUGGUGGACACGGAAAACCAGCUUUGCCCCUUAGAGGAGGAUGAUCUCAGAAACCCCUUAUCUAGAGAGUUCCUACAAGUCAUGGAAAACAUACAGGACUUCUCAUCUAUUGGUGAUGAUAGUUCUGGAGCAUUAAGCGUAACAGAGCUCCAUUCUUUGGGAAAUGGUCCAGGAUCUGAGGGAUCGGUCAUUACAGACACCCUUUCACCAGCAUCAAGUCCCUCAUCCAUUAAUGUUGCCACAGUUCCAAAUAGCAUAGAUGAAUCAUCCAGUGGAGCAUUAAACAUUGAAUGUAGAAUUUGUGGGGAUAAAGCUUCAGGCUUCCAUUAUGGAGUACAUGCUUGUGAAGGUUGUAAGGGAUUUUUUAGGAGAACAAUUCGACUUAAACUCACCUAUGAUAAAUGUGAUCGUACCUGCAAAAUUCAGAAAAAAAAUCGUAACAAGUGCCAAUACUGUCGUUUUCAAAAGUGCCUUUCAGUUGGAAUGUCACAUAAUGCAAUCCGUUUUGGACGAAUGCCAAGGUCUGAGAAGGCAAAGUUGAAAGCAGAAAUUCUAACAGGUGAACAGGAUGUGGAAGAUUCAGAAAUGGCAGAUCUUAAAUCUCUUGCCAAGGGAAUAUAUGAGGCCUAUCUGAAAAACUUCAAUAUGAACAAGGUCAAAGCCAGAGUCAUUCUUGCAGGGAAAACCAAUAAUAACCCACCAUUUGUUAUACAUGACAUGGAAACGCUGUGUAUGGCAGAGAAGACUCUGGUGGCAAAACUGGUAGCCAAUGGAAUCCAGAACAAGGAAGCAGAAGUACGAAUCUUCCAUUGUUGCCAGUGUACAUCUGUAGAGACUGUAACAGAACUUACUGAAUUUGCCAAAUCUAUCCCUGGCUUCUCAAAUCUUGAUUUGAAUGAUCAGGUGACUCUGUUAAAAUACGGCGUUUAUGAAGCCAUUUUUGCCAUGCUAGCUUCUGUCAUGAACAAAGAUGGGAUGCUGGUAGCCUAUGGAAAUGGAUUUAUAACUCGGGAGUUCCUGAAAAGCCUAAGAAAGCCAUUUUGUGAUAUUAUGGAGCCAAAGUUUGAUUUUGCAAUGAAAUUCAAUGCACUGGAGCUGGAUGAUAGUGACAUAUCCCUUUUUGUGGCAGCUAUCAUUUGCUGUGGAGAUCGUCCUGGUCUUGUAAAUGUAGAAUACAUUGAAAAGAUGCAGGAGAGCAUUGUGCAUGUACUAAAACUUCACUUGCAAAACAACCAUCCUGAUGACAUCUUCCUCUUCCCAAAACUCCUCCAGAAAAUGGCUGACCUCCGACAACUUGUCACAGAGCAUGCUGAACUUGUUCAGAUAAUCAAAAAGACUGAAUCUGAUGCACCCUUGCAUCCUUUACUACAAGAAAUCUACAGUGAUAUGUAUUAAGGGGUUUUUGUAAUUUUUGACAGUGUUUAAAGCCAAGAGCAAUAUUAAUGAUAGAUGGGAGAAAAUUACAUUGCACAGUUAAUUUCUCUGCUUUAAUGCCAGAAAACAAAAAAUCUAAAAUGUAGAUAACUGGAAAGUCACACUUUUUUUGUCGUGGGUUCUUUUAAGUAUUUCAGAACUUGCUCAUGAAUUUCCUCAGAAGAGGCUUUGGUUAAUUUGAGAUUUGAGGGUUAGCAAGAAUUUAUAUGUAUUGAAUAAGUAGAUGUUUGACAAAUCUGAAUUUAACUAACAGAGAUCUUGAUUGAUCACAAUUAUAUUCUGUAUUGGACUGAUCAUUGAGCACUAAUUUACCAAACAGGGCAAAAUGUGUUCAAGAUACAUGCACUAACUGCCAUAGAUUAUGUACUAUUGGUUUCAAUACUUUCAUGUUCAUUAUUGAGAGCCAACUAGCACUUUCAAUUUUUUCUCAAGGUAGUCAGUCUUAGAUGUAUCAAGUAGCUGGGUGUAACUGUAUAUGCACAGGUAAAAUAUAUUUAUUUGAAAGAGAUUUACUUUGUUGCUGUCUGAAUUAUGAGAGAAAUAGUAGUAUACUAUUUCUCUAGUAGUAUACUAAGUAACUUGAGGAUUAGCCUUUUGAAAACUUUUAAAAAGUUAAUUAAAGGAUUAUCGUGGAGUAUCUCCCAUAAUCACUUACCUGCCACUGCGGGGGCCUUGAGCACUCUUGCACUUUGGUCCCUCCUGUUCUUUGCCUAUGGCACAAAAUAAUCUAGUCUUCUGUGGGAUGUAAUAUUUUGGCCUAAUUUCCUAGGUGGUGGUAUUUCUCCUCGGUGGCGUUGGUAUCCUGUGAUAUACAGGAGGUCAGACUAGUUGAUCCAGUGAUCCUUUGUGGCCUUAAACUUUGGGCUCUAUACAGUACAGAAAAGAUCUUAGCAAGAUGCUUGUCAAAGUGGGGGAAUGCUUUUGCAAAAGUGGUGUAAUAAAACCAGAAAAAAAUCCCUUUUGGAUAAAUCUAUGGUAUAUUGUAUGCAUCUUGGAGACAUCUGAAUAACUUGAGAUGACUUUUUUUAUUUUAAAAUGCCAUUUUGAAGUAGCAGGACUAAGGGAGUUUCCCAGAAGUCUGAUUCUUGUCUCAAAGAAGGUGAUUUCUAAAUUGUCAUACUAUAGUUUCUAUUCAAAAAAAUGAUUGUGUAAACAUGGCACCUUGAUUCUUAACAGAUCUGCUCCCAUAUGUGUUCAAAGUCAUGCAUGUUUACUGUUCUAAUAAUGUUAUUUUACCUUCUUUGCUUAUAUUAUCCCCUCAAAGCCAAUCUGGCUGACUGAAUGCCUUCUGUUCCUCAUUCCGUAUUGUCAACAGAGCUAUUAAAUUCAAAAUGCACUAUAUUCUGCCCUCAUUUGCUCUACCACACUGGAGGUAUUCGAUGCAGCGAGAAAUUUGAAGACAGAUUGCAUAGUUGUUUAAGGAAGAGGGUAUGGUUUGGAAAAAAUAUUUUCAUGUAAUUGAGGGCAGAAUCUGAGCUAUACAAUACUACUUACUGUUGACGUAAGCAAAACUGGCAGUUAGAACAGUCAUGUUUAUAGUAAACUGAGUGCAUUAAUCUAAAAAUCAUUGAAACAUAAUAGACAUGGAGCGCCACCAUACCACUUCUCAGACUGCUGUGUAAGAAUGAAAACAAUUGCUGGCCAUGAGUUUCUUUUGGGAGUAAUUAAUUUAUUUAUUAAAGAUAUUCUCCUUCUGCUUGCUUAUCUUUCUUUUUCCUUUUUACCCUGACAGUUUCUCUUAUUGAUCUUUUUAUGGGGUGUCAAAACAAAAGCCACUUUCAUAGUAAAACUUUCUGUGGCAGAGAGAGGAUCAGUUUUGAGGCCUGCUUUAUUGCAGCGUGAUGUCAAAGCCUCAAUCAUAAACCCUCACUAGCUUAGGAGUAAGGCUUGAUAAAUCCCAGAACACAGGACAGUGAACUGUGUUUUCAUCAUAGUACAUGUUUCUGUUGGAGAUUUGUUGAUGCAGUCAAAGUUUUGUAUAUUUGAGCCUUAUAUAUUGUAAAAUAAUGUGAGAUUUUUUUUUCUACUUGCACAUUACAAGUGUUUAAAAAUGAUCUGUCCUUUCAUCAGUGUGUGGGGAAUCUAUUGUAGUUUCUGUGUUUAUGGAAAUGUCUCAUGCAUGCACAUCUCAAACUGGUGUGUAUCUGGGGUGAGGGAGGGAUAAAGUAAAGAAUGAAUGCAAACAAAAUGAUAGUAUAUAUGCUACCUUUGGCA